AUGAAAGAAAUGGUGAUUUCAAUGCAGAACAAGAAGCAGUUAUUACCAAAAAUAUCUACCGAUAAACAUUUUACUACCAUUAAAACUGGUGGUGGAUGUGCAAGUACUGUGGGACAAAACUGGUAUAGCACCAAAGAACUUACCUUAGCCAAUGGUUGCAUUCAUGAACAAACGAUUUUGCAUGAACUGUUACAUACUUUAGGAUUCUGGCAUGAACAGUCUCGUCCCGAUCGUGAUAACUAUGUGACAAUUCAAUAUGCAAAUGUUCAACCUGGAACGGAACAUAAUUUCAAUAAAUAUACAACAUCUGUUGACACACUUGGAACACCUUAUGAUUAUAACAGUCUGAUGCAUUACGGCAGUACUGCUUUCAGUUCCAACGGACAAGCAACAAUCGUUCCAAAAAACUCAGCAGCUCAAAUUCGCCCAGUACCAGCUGGUUUAAGUCCCAUUGACAUACUGGAAGUCCAACUCUACUAUCAGUGUACUGGUUCUUCUGUGGAAAAAAAUUAA